UGACACAGGUCCACAUUCAUCUGCCAUUACACGUGGCACUCAUUCACUGCGUCUUCCUUCUGCUAUGCCAUUCUUCUAACCACUGCUUCACGACUAACCAAAUAUCAUACAUACAUACUACUUUUACUACCUUCUCUUCUCUUCUCUUCUCUUCUUCUCACUCCAACGUUAUGGAAUCAUCACACACAUCAACCUCUUCUUCUUCUUCUUCUUCUCUUUCUCUUUCUCUUUCCUUUUCUUCCUCCUCUUCCUCUUCCUCUUCCUCUGCGUCCCAAGAGAUUGAGGCGGCUCAGACUCUAGCUUACCUCUCGCGCUUAGCAAUGCAUCACACAACAACUCACUCCGCCGAUAAAUGCCGCACCAAACCAAUCACACCCAUUCCUCACUCGGAUCACCCACCGCCUCCGGGCCAAGCUAUUGCAGGCCAACAGUUAGAAGAAAAAUUAUCCAGUACUACAUCCGUAGAAACAGAAAGGAUUCAGCAGAAUGACUGCUUAAGAAACACGAAGAUAGAGCAGGAUGCGGAUUUACCUAAGACUAUUCGCUGCAACAAGUCCAGACGUAAUUUAACUGAGGAAGAAAAAGAAGCACGGAGGAUAAGAAGGGUAAUGGCAAAUAGAGAGUCAGCUAGGCAGACAAUUCGUCGCCGACAGGCUCUGAGUGAAGAGUUAAGCAGGAAAGCUGCCACCUUAGUGCUGGAAAAUGAAAACCUAAAGAGGAAGAAGGAAUUGGCUUUGAAAGAGUAUAAGUCUCUAGAGACUACAAAUCAGCUCUUAAAGGCACAAAUAGCCAAGUCAACAAACACUGAAGCAGAGAAAACUCCUGUUGAGCAGAAGUUAUCAGUGGCCGAGGUAGCACCUGUCCAUGGUAAUAGUCCAUGGUUUCUUUAUAACCAUUUUCCGGUUAGUCAGUUAUUUUGGCCCUCCAUCCUUCAGUCUUCUAAUCAAAUUCAAUUUCAACAUACACCAUUUAAUUCCAUUGCCAUUCCGUCACAUGUAUACGUACCAUCACGUUCUUCCGAGUCUGAAUUUUGUGACAAACAAAAUAACCUUAUGAAUGACAAUCAAACUCAAAACCCAUUGUACAUGUUUCCAUGUCCUUGGCUGUACCCUCCUUCAGAAAAUGGAAAUGGACAACCACCAGCUUCCACAGGCCUAGAAGAUAAACAAGAUAAUCUUCCUCUAGGUAAACAAUGUAGUACUAGUUUAUCCUUAAAUAGAGUUGCAAAUGGGGAUUAUCCUGCGACUAUACCUAUCAAACUGAAAACAGAAGCUUCUGGCUGGACAGAAUCUAGAUCUAGUAAUGACCCUGGUCAUACCACUCCAUGUUUUUCUUUGGAUGGAGGUGAGCAGAAUACAAGAUGUCACGUUGUAGAAAACUUGCAUGGACCUGCAGUUGAUUGUAAUGGACAUGCUUCUGUAGUCAAGCAAGAACCCGAGCUUCAAUUACAUUUCACUUCCAACACCGAGGUAUCUUCAGCAGCUUCUCACAUUGCAACUUCUACCCUGGAAAAGAAACAAGAACAGUUUAUAUGCUCGGGUAGAAAUCUAGUGGACGCAGUUGCUGCGGCAAAGGCACGGAAGAGGAGAAAGCAACUAACAAAACUGAAAAGCAUCCAAAGCCGCCAGUCCCGGAUGGAGUGUUGAUUUCUCAGUAAACUUUAUUAAAUGUUCAAAAGGAGUAAAGGUUCACCAAUUAUCAGCUUUUACACCGGCUAAUGGUUUGAUACAAAAGAAGUUUUCCGAAAUUGAUGAGAAAACAUAUUAACUGAAUCCACCACUGAGGCACUUGAAAUAGAAUUGAAUUCCAAUUUUCCAUAUCAUGUAUAUAGCAGUGAUAGAGUUGAAGUUAAAGUUUUUCUCCAAUCAUCUUGUUUGUUUCUUUUUUAUUUACUUCCUUGUACUGGGAUUUUUUUUACCUCCUGGGGAGUUGGUUCCUUAAAGUGUUCAAGCUGGACAAUUUUUUUUAUUAGGAUCCGGAUUUCAUCAAA